AUGUCUGAGAACACAUUUCCCGUCUAUACUGCGGACGCUAUUGUGAACUUCUACCGAACCGAAGUUCUUACCGGUCAGGAGGCCAAACACUUCACCAAGAACGAUCUGACUCCUGCUCCAAAGGUAACAUCUGCACGGAUCUCACGGUGUUUACCCACAUAACUCACUUAUCAUCUGAUUAUAACGACAUAACUAAAACACUUAAACGUUUUUUAGUCAGAUCUGAAUCAUUAAGUGCACUCGAUGAUGUGGGUAUAACGGAAAAAAGGGCGUGUACCAAACUUGAGGAGCUAAAUCAGGACUUGAUCCUUAAAUGUGGAGACUUCAGUUGAGCCAAAAUCUGUCAAAAUGACCAAAAACGGGGUUAUUUUCACUACACUGCAAAGCUGCAAUACAUACUGUUUUUAUGUGUUAACAAUCUGUUUUUUUUUCUAACGUUCAUAGUAGGACUGGGCGAUUUGGCCUAAAAGAUGAUCACAAUAUACUUAUAUACUGUCCGAUGUCGAUUAUUAUAUAUUGUCCGAUCUCGAUUAUUAUCCAGAUUUUUUUUUUACUUCCAGUUUUUAAGCAUCUGUACUUAAAACUAAAAAGUAAAUAGAUAAAUACUAAAUAAGACAUUAAAUAACUUUUCUUCUCAACAACAUCUUUGGAGGAUGAAGUCAUGGCUGAUAUCUAUUUUACUGCCCUCAGCUCCACAUUCAGUUACUCUGUUUACUUCUCCGGCAACUUACAGAAGUGAGCAGGAAAAGCUCGACCCUGAUUGGCUGUUGUGACACACAUUUUCGCUAUGUUUGAUCGAGUAAAUAAGCUCAUAGCUGAUCGCCGUGAUCGGACUAAUAUUUAUCACGAUCAUUAAUCAAGAUCGUAUAAUCGCCCAGUCCUAGUUCAUAGUUUGUUGGUUGUUUUUAAUGUAAGAAACAGAUGAGCUAAGUACCCUCCUUUUUUACCCUAGUGAUGUAUCAAAAAUAAACAUUACUGAAUUUUAAAUUUAUUAAUAGAUUUGAGAAAAAAUACAGACACAAGUACAUCAGGUCGAUAAAUGACAUCUUUUUUAAAAAAAUCAGCAUGAGUCCUCGUUAGGCCGAUAUCACCACUGUUUGUGAGUCCAUUAAUAAUCUAUUGGCUAAUUAUUUUUAUGACAUGAAAUGAUGGAUUUAUGCAUGAUUUGUUUUAAAGAUAAUUAGAGAUGGCUGGACAGACACCAAGAAUUCCUUAAAUAGCAGAAUAAUUUUCUAUCUACAGUUAUUUUCUGAUGUUUAGUAACUUUGUUUUACAUUCGUAAGUAUUAGUGCAUUUUUAUUUUUUUAAAAUGCAAAUAAAAUAAUGCUAAUAGUAACAGAAAGGAAAAAGCAAUGUGAUAUCGGCUUUAUAUAUCAGCCAAUCUGCUCUGUAACAUUAUUGAUAUUGGCAUCAGCCGUUGAAAAACUCAUCAGUUGACAAAGAAAUACUAAAUAGUAACAUCUUAAAAGUUGUAAUCACUGUUAGAUUCGUGAAAGUGAAAGUUUGGCAAAGGUACAACAAAAGCAAUAACCAAGAAACUAAUAACACAGAACGAGCACUGAGAAUCACAUCUGAGAAUCACGUCUGUCUCUUACACGACAGUCUGGAUAGCAAAACAUCACAUCACAGCCUGCUUGAAUAGGAAAGACAUGCCAAAUACAAGAGUGAACCAGAGGAGGUGUUAGCUGAGAUUUAGCCGUCAAUCCUCUCUGUACAUUUGACUAAAAGCACAUUAAUGAAGUCUUUAAUUUUUUUCUCUUGCAGCCAGAAACAGUCCAAACUUUGUACAUGAGAGUGUUGCACCUCCUGUAUCGUUUCAGACCUGAGUGUCACUCUAUGGUGAGUUCUCCAAGACAUAUGUACCAACUGUGGUACAUCACAGAUAGAUUCACUGCUGUGGAUCUGGUUGUUUUACGUAUCAAUGAUUACUUUUCUCAUCCCUCAGGUUCCAAUGCUGGAGAACAUUCAGCAUCCAACUUAUCAUGAGGGCGCAACUGCUAUAAUGAGCGUUUACAUGCGCAUGUGAGUAUUCUUGUGUUUUCUGCUGGAUGAGCUGACCACUACAGGACAAAUCACAAAUAUGUGAUUACUGAUCACAAGACUAUAGAAAGACGCAUCCUAUUUUUGCAGCCUCACUACUUUCAGACCCCAGCUUUAUUUUUAUAUUUUUGAGUGAUAUCACCUAAGAACUGUGUUAUUCAGUCUCCAGUGUCUAACAACUCCUGGUUUUGUCUUUAGGCGUCAGUUUUUGCCGAUGUGCUUGGUGUACGAUUUCUCGCUGAAUGACCUUCUUGCUCCAAGUAAGAAUAUGUUUUCUAUCUUGCCAGAGGUUGUCUUUUAAACUGUACCGUAUAUCUAAAGUGAAGUAUCUAAAUAACCGUGGGUAAAGUUCUCCUCUAUCUUACCAGAGAAACAGAAGACUCUAACUGUGCUGAGUGCCAUCAUGAACUUCCUUCACUUCAGGAAGCAGAGACUGGACAUGACCCUGGAGAAACAGGCCAAAUUUGUAUGUUAGAUAAUUCCACACAGAUUUGCCUCACAAACUCAAUAUGACUGUUUGGUUUUAAUAUUGAUUUAUUUAAAUACAGCUAUGGCUACAACAGUGUUUCCCCUAGGUUGAGAAUUUACUUGUGGUGGUGGGCUGGGAUUCAAAAUAAUCUAGUCAAAAUAAGGUUUAUGAACUAUGCGUUAUUUAUCGUACAUACAGGACUUCAGACUAACUUGCUUUGCUAAGAGCACAGUAACCUCUAACUAAAAGUUUAGGAGUACAAGCAGAAAAUUUAGCGGUACGCACUGUGACUUGACUUGUAAGGCAAAUAAUUCACAUUUCCUCUCUUUUUCACUGUAUUACUGAUAAAUAGAUAAUAAAUGCUAAAAAUUACAAUGUUCUGUUUUAAAUUCAGUGUCACAUUUUAUUGUACUCUUUUAAAGAUGCAAAACAAACAUAAAACAUAAGGUAGACAGUGCAUUACACUGACCAAGUUUUUUGCUACAGACUGUUGCUUUGUAAACAAACAACCCAAAGGAAAAAAUAGCUUUUAAUUCGCUCCAUGUCUUGAAGAGGAAAAAGUCACAGUCAGUUUCUGAAACAAAACAUAUGGUCCAAUAACAGAAACUGUAUGAGGAAGAAAACAGUAUAUAAUCAAGAAUAAGUUAGUGUAGCCGGAGCGCAACAGUUUGGGUGCAUUUCCGUAUAGUCACCAGCGUGUCCUGCGCUGUGCCGUGUUAGUCUGGAGGAAACCCUGCUAUCUGUGUGUCUGUAUGACCGUGCGUUUUUCUUUUUUUUAAAUUCUAUUUUCAUCGUCUUGGGUGGGUGUCGAUCCUCUUCGGCAGGCCACCCAAAUAAAGUCUAUGUAGGGGAAACACUGCUACAAUGUAGCUGCAGUCUUAGAUAAUACAAUACCUGUCUCGGUGAAAACAUGGUUUUUAGCUUCAUUAUUCCCACAGAAUGAGGUCGUCAACAUUAUCCUGGUUUCACUGUGUGUGUUUGGUGAUGGAGUUGUUUAAACAGUCACUGCUUGUGUUUUCAGAGGGCAGACAUGGACAGACUGCAGGCCUACACCAAAGGCAACUUAGAGGCAGAGAGGAAGAUUGAGAUACUGACGUAAGAAUUGGCCAAAAUUCAUACAGUUAAUUGACAGUUUUUUAGAACUUCAUCAGUAAUCAAGAAGAUGAUGCACCAUGUUUUAAUUUUCUUGAUAGUGUAUUUCUUCAAUUCAAGAUUAUUACUGUUUCACCAUCAUUUGAAAACAAAUAUGUCACGACUACUUACCUAAUAAUAUGAUCACAUAAAGUCAAAACAAUCAAAAACCAAAGUUAAUUUUUCCUGCUGCUUGUUCAGGACCAUCCCACCAGAGCAGCAGGCUGAGGCCGAUGAGCUGGCAGCUGCUCUCUCUGAGUUGCACACCACGACCAUGCACGAAUACCAGGAUGUGGUGGGUAGUGUUUCAACAGUUCAAGAAUCAAUCCUGUUGAUAUGUGGAUGUUUGCUCCAAAUCAAAUUGAUGAAUUGUGUCUCCUUUCAGAAUGCAAAAAAUGACAUCAUUGCAGAGUGGAAAACCAACAUAGCAGAGAAGACCCAGCAACUGGUAAGAUUCUCGAGUGUAAAUCUCUGAUACUGAUAUUUAACAUCAUCGAGUUUUUCAAUGCUGUAAUACAGAAACAUGUAGCUGGAGGCCUGUUAUCUGACCUAUGCCCUACAUAUUUUUGUGUCAGGCUCAGGUGAAGGUGGACAUCAGCAACCUGAAGGAAGACAUCAACAAACUGAAGUCUCAGAUCGUGGAGUCUCCGGAGGAGCUGAAGACUCAGAUGGAAAAGAUGAGGGAGACUGUCAAGAACAUCAAGAACACCAUGGUGGGUUGAAUAGUGAGAACAGGGUGGGUUUGUUGAGUGUGCCAAGUGACUGUCAUUUGGCUGCUGAAAGAGUUUUAUUUCUCUUGUUUUCAGAAAGAAACAGAUGAGCGUGUGGUGGAGCUACAGAGCAUGGUGCAGAGUGUGACUCACACUGAGGCUGAGAUCCAGCAGAUGUACAACCUGCUGCAGGACCUGGAGAGCAGCAUGAACAACACCAAGCAGAAACAGGAGGAGGUAAAGAUCGGGUGCAAAGCUCUCUGAAGCUGGAGAUAUCUAACAAUAUGCACUGAUGAAUGUCCUAGGGCUGUAAAGUCCGAGUCGACUGGUCAUCUUAUUUGUCAAUACAUGCCGAGUCAACCAAAAUUCUGAUUGGUUGACUCGAUUUUUUUACACCUUCAAUUCACGGUCUAUGGUCAAUUUCAUUAGAAGUACCAAGUGCUAAUGGGGUGUUUUCAGAGCACCCCAGUUUCACAGGUAACAGCCUGUCUUAGAACACCCCCCCUUGUUUUCACCAUUUUGGAUUCACCCAACCUACUGGACACCGGCUGGAGACAGGAAGAUUGAAGAGUGUCCGCGUUAAUCAACGUCCGGUGGUUUACUGAAUAUUUAGUUUUAUAAAUAUUUCUUUUUUUUUUCACCCUUCUGAGCCGUGUCGUCCCCCACCACAGAGGGGUUAGUGGCAGCCAUCAGAGUCCCCCCCCCCAGCCACCCCCAAAUUAGUCGAUUUUUGGUUGAAAAUUUCAGGGUUUUAGUCGAACAAGAAUUUCUUUGGUUGAUUACAACCCUUGAAUGUCCACACCAACAACUAUCAAAUGAAGUUGUCUCAAAAUCGAAUAAUAAACUCUAAGCCCUCAAAUGAAAUGAAAAAGCUUAAUCAAAUCAAAUGAAUAUAGAAUACUAUGGUUAUCCCCUUUGUACAUGUUUGGAUUGGAUUAAAAAUAUUGACCUAAAACCAGCGGCUGAUAAGGAAACAUAGCAAAGGCUUUUUUAAAUCACUUUCUCAAAUAAGCAUGUUAUGUUGCCCGCCUGCUUGUUUGUAGCACCAGGAGUUGUCUGCCCAGUAUGAAAAGAAGCAGAGGGAGCUGAAGAACUUGUGCAUGGAGGAGGAUCAGCUGAAACGAGCUCUAUGCAUGAAGCUGGACAAAGAGUCCAAACAGAACAUGCGCAGGCAGAAGAAGAGAGAGAUGAAGGAGCAGCAUGUUCAGGAAGUGUUGGGGUAGGUCAUGCCAUGAAGCGUUACAUUUAAUAGCAGCAGAUCCGUACAGCAGAAGAUCAUCAUUCUCUUGUUUUCCAGGCGGUGUAAUCAAAUCCAUCAGAAGCGAGAGGAGAAGGCGGAAAAAAUCCAAGAGAUCUCGAGAGAGACACAACAGCUGAAGUCAAAGAUCCAGAGCCUGAGAGACGUCUGCAGCAAAGAGACGGAGAAAGCUCAGGUACAACCGCCUCCUCAGAAUCUGCCUCAGUGUCCACAUUUGAGUUGUUUCAUUCAAGUUCUGAGAGGAAUGUGUGUGACUUUGCUGUGCGCAGGCUCUGUAUGACACCCUGUCAACCUCGAUGGAUGAGCUGCACAGGAGGAUUGACAUGCACGUGGUCGACCUGAAGCGUGAUGUCACCAAGAUGUCUGCAACCUUUUAA